AUGUCAUCAUCAAAAUCAAGAAAAUCAUUGGAUCCAUCAAUGGAAGACUUACCUGCACAUGUGAUGGUCGAUAUUCUGUCAAGGCUUCCUGUGAAGACAAUCAUCAACUGCAAGUUUGUAUGCAAGAAGUGGUUGGAUCUCAUUUCUGAAUCUUACUUUGUUGAUCUUCAGCUCUCGAGAUCACCCUCAGGAGUGAUGAUUUAUCAUAAUUCCAAUGAAGUUUUUCGUAAUGCAGAAGAAGAAGAGAAGACAGGUUACCUAAGAACAGGCAUUUUAAGGUGGGUGGAGGUUGAAGACGAACUCAAUCACCACAAUUUACAUCAUGACCCAGUCAUGAGCCUUGACCUUAAUCUUGCACCCAUUUUCCAAAAGUCUCAAAUAAUCCCAGUGGGCUCAGUCAAUGGUUUGCUCUGUCUUUGGCAAUUUGGUCCUCAACAUGACAACACUUACAUAUGCAAUCCAAUCACUAGAGAAUAUAUGAUCCUCCCAAAGCCACAAUACUAUUUACAACAAAAUGCAAAUGUCGUUUAUUGUUUCGGUGUUGCACCACUUACAAAUGAAUACAAAGUGAUACGGAUUUUCCAAGGGGAAAAACGUCCGUUUUUUUCCCCAAAUUCUCGGCCAAUCAUAUCACAAGCUGAGGUCUACACCCUUGGCACAGGUCAAUGGAGAAGUCUUGGUCAUGUCCCUUAUUGGCUUAAAGGAAUGUAUGGACCAUUUUUAAAUGGUCAUGCUCAUUGGACUGUUCUUGACAAAGAUUCCCCUGAAAAGCUUUGUGCUUUUGAUUUUGACAAGGAGACAUUUGAGUUGUUCCCAUCUCCUCCGUGUGAAGCUAGAGAUGAAAAUCUCAUCUUUAAAAGUUUGGGAGUCUUGAAAGGUUGUUUAUGUCGAUGUGAAAGUUAUGAUUCUCAAUUGGUAGUUUGGGUGAUGAAGGAAUAUGGGGUCAAGAAAUCUUGGCAUAAGGAGUUUGUAGUCAUGGAAAGUGAGAACACUGAUCUUGAUUUGCUGACUUUGGAAACUGUGGAUUUAAUUGCGGGUUUUAAAGAUGGAACUGUUUUGAUGGCAUCUUAUCGAGACACACUUCUCGUUUAUUGUCCUCGAAGGGAAAUUAUUCUCGACACCGAAAUGUUUUAUCGAUACUUCAAAGGAUAUACUUAUUGUCCGAGCUUUCAUAGACUUCAUAACUUUGAAAAUGAGAGAGUUCAUGUGUUCUAA